AUGUCAACUGAAUCACAUUCUCAAGAUGAAUAUGAAGAACAUGAGCAGUACUAUGGUGAAUUUUACUCAGGUGAUUUGCAUCUGGACCAAGAUGAACUGUACCUAAAUGAAUUAAUUCAAGAUGAAUCUUAUCAAGAUAAAUCUUGUCAAGAUGAACCACAACAAGAUGAAUCCUUCCCAAUUGAAUCAUCAACCCAAGCAGGACCAACUAGUGAUGAAACUUCUUCAAAUGAAGG